AUGUCUGACAAGCCCGUGUUUCUAGCCACGCAUCCCCGAGCGUGCUCUACCGCCUUUGAGAGGGUGUUCAUGACUCGCCGAGACACGCUUACAUGUGCCCACGAGCCGUUUGGCGAUAGCUAUUACUAUGGUCCUGAGAGGAUUGGCGAGCGAUAUGCCAACGAUGAGUCUGCUCGGGAAAGCAGUGGCUUUUCCAAAUCCACAUAUCGUGACGUCUUGGAUCGAUUAGAGAAAGACGGCAGUGAGGGCAAGCGUGUCUUCAUCAAAGACAUGGCAUAUUACUUGACGCCCCCCAACUCGCAGCCCGCGGUAAUCGCCAAGUCGCUGCGCAAGGGGGGGGACGACGACAACUACUCGGAAGAGGGCAACCCAACCGUGCUGCCCCUCGACAUCCUCAAGAAGUUCCACUGGACGUUCCUGAUCCGCCACCCGCGGCGCGCCAUCCCCUCGUACUUCCGCUGCUGCGUGCCCCCGCUCGACGAGGUCACCGGCUUCAAGGAGUUCCUGCCGAGCGAGGCCGGCUACGCGGAGCUCUGCCGCCUGUUCGACUACCUCCGGGAGCAGCGCGUCGUCGGGCCGGCGCUCGCUAGCGGCGAGCCGAACGGCACUGGCAACAACAACAACACGGCUAAUGGCAGCGGCAGUAGCGGUGUCAGCAUCACGGUGAUCGAUGCGGACGAUCUUCUCGACCACCCGAACGACGUCGUCCAGGCCUUCUGCAGGGAGACCGGCAUCGCAUUCACCCCGGACAUGCUGACCUGGGACGACGCCGAGAACCAGGAUUACGUCUCGGAGGCUUUUGCCAAGUGGACCGGUUUUCACAACGAUGCUAUUCACAGCAAGAGCCUCACGGCGAGGACCCAAGCUCAUAAAACUGUCACCGAGGAAUCUGAGAAUGAGCAAUGGCGGCAGAAAUUUGGCAAGGAGGCGCAGGAGAAGAUCAGAGCUUGUGUGGAUGAGAAUAUUCCACACUAUGAUUAUCUCAAGUCCUUUGCCAUGAAGUUUUAG